CCUCCACAAACCGUCAACAACAUCAGCUGUUCUUCAGAACCCCAAGACCGCGAAAUCCCCAACUCCGAAGCCCAAUUUUGUACCUUUUCUACCGAAAAAAAAACCCAACACUCGAUUUUGCACUAAUUUUUUAAGCUCAGGUAAAUGUACUUAUGCUCGUCCUGUCCCUGUGCUCGUUCAGGUGCUGCGAGCUAUCACAUUUUAAUCAUUUCGCCAGUCCCAAGAGUCUAUCGAGAGUGAAAUACGAGUGGAGUUAUUAUUUUAGUUAAUAAGGACAGUUAUCGACACCAGUGAAGAGUAAUUUAUUGAAGAAUAAGAGAGAGAAAUCCCACUCACGUCAACUGGUGCUACGACAGAGUGAAUUCUUAAGCCGCAAGUCAAGAAACUCAAUUUUUAAAUGUUGAUAUCUGCGUUGUAACAGUAAAAUGGGAUUAAAAAUCCCUUGACUGAGGUUUCGAAAAGGUCUCGACACCAGUGAAGAGUAAUUUAUUGAAGAAUAAGAGAGAGAAAUCCCACUCACGUCAACUGGUGCUACGACAGAGUGAAUUCUUAAGCCGCAAGUCAAGAAACUCAAUUUUUAAAUGUUGAUAUCUGCGUUGUAACAGUAAAAUGGGAUUAAAAAUCCCUUGACUGAGGUUUCGAAAAGGUCUCGACACCAGUGAACAGUAAUUUAUUGAAGAAUAAGAGAGAGAAAUCCCACUCACGUCAACUGGUGCUACGACAGAGUGAAUUCUUAAGCCGCAAGUCAAGAAACUCAAUUUUUAAAUGUUGAUAUCUGCGUUGUAACAGUAAAAUGGGAUUAAAAAUCCCUUGACUGAGGUUUCGAAAAGGUCUCGACACCAGUGAACCAGUGAUUUAUUGAAGAAUAAGAGAGAAAUCCCAUUCACGUCAACUGGUGCUACGACAGAGUGAAUUCAGAAACUCACAAUUUUUAAAUUGUUGAUAUCUGCGUUGUAAUAGUAAAAUGGUAUUAAAAAUCCCUUGACUGAGGUUUUGGAAAGUUAAAAAAUCAAUAAAAAUACAUAAGUCGUAGUGAUAUCUUAAUAUUUCACUGAAACGUCGAAUUAUAAGAAUAGGUGCAAUGGAAGUGGCGUUGAUCCUAUGCUCGUUUAGCAACCAACUGUCAACUGGAUACUCACGAUGUAAUUAGUUCGGAUAUAAUCUUUCCAUAUCAUUCAUGGGGACAUGGGCAUGGGGACAAAUGAGCGAGCGUAGGGACAUGGGACUUUCCACGUUUAUGGACCAUUAUUUAUUAAAAAAUAGUCAUUAUCAUGAUUAAUGUGAGUGAAUUAUAAUUCUGAAGUUUUUACUUUCUGAUAUAUAAUUUAAAAUCUGGCAUCUUUGCACUCAUUUCAAUUGAAAUAUUGGACUAAUGAUGUGUUCGUCUCAGAUAGACGAGCGUUGGGUCAUUGUCAAAGCGAAAUUAUUUUCAAAAUAAUCAAUCAGGGAUGGAGAGUGGAUUGAGUGAUCGAUGAUGACUGAGAAGGAGGGAAAGAUCGAGUUUGUGACGGAGGAGUGUCCCAUAAAGCCUCGAAAAUUUCUGCCUCAGAACAUUGUGAUAAGACUUCGUCGACGCGAAACAAUCGGGUGUCUACACCCGGGGACUCAUGUCAUCAAUGCUCGACAGUUCUACCAGAAUGUCUUUCCCAAUUACACGGUUGUCAACGUGGAGAAACCUCCGUGCUUCCUGAGGAAGUUCAGCCCCGAUGGCAGGUACCUGGUGGCUUUCAGCGCUGAUCAGACUUCGAUUGAGGUUUACAAGUAUGAGGGGGCCUCUGCAGCUGCUGAACUACUGGUCAACUGCGACGGCGAGUUCAUGGGGGACAAGAACGACGACAGGUCUUUUGAUAUUCGAAGCAGUAUUUUCCAUCGGUUUUUCAAGCCAAAAUGUGUGGUGAAUGUUGUCGAUAGUAAUGAGCAAUUGAACAGAGAAUGCAGUUUAUUUACUGAUGAUGGACGUUAUGUAAUUGUGGGAUCAGCUAAACAUAUUCCUGAGGAUUUGAGACCUCAUUUUUAUCAGAUUUAUUCCAAUAAUGAAGCCCUCACCCCGAACCCCAGAUCGCCUCUCGAGGACUACUGUCUUCACCUGGUGGACCUGAGGGGUGGAAAACUCUGUGAUACUAGACGUUUUUAUACCGAUAAAAUUUAUCUCUCCCACAAUCAAGGGCUUUACUUGUACAAAGAUAUCUUAGCUGUUCUCUCUGUUCAACAUCAGACGAUACACAUUUUUCAGAUACUGGAUGGAAUGUUCAUCAAUGUUCGAACGAUUGGAAGAUUCUGUUUGGAAGAUGAGGCUUAUCUGGUGGCAUCUGCCUGGCCGGGCGGAAACUCUCGACCCUUUCGAGACGGAACGAUUAAUUCUCUCAAACACAAAUUACUGGUUUAUCUGUACAAAAGAGCGGCUUACAUCAGUGAUAAUGGGAGAGACCCCUAUGAGCUUCGAAGGUUCUACCAGUACUUCGAUCAGUUUUUCUUGCAGUACAAUGCCCUGAGAAUGUGGAAAAUGCAGUUACUUGACACCAAUCAUAUCCUCGUGAGGUAUGCAAGUGAGGAGGUGGCGACCCUUCAAGCUAAUGAUCCUAAUGCACAUCCUGCACUGCUGGUGGUCUACGACAUGGUAUCAGCGAAGGUUCUCGCAGCCUAUGACAAUGCCUCUCCUCACAUGCUCACGCAACUCGAGAACUUCAGUGAUUUUUUCAGGAAUGCCGACUGCCAGUACAUCUGCUCGCCUUCCAACAACAUUUAUGCCAGACUGAUGCAGCAGAGGUUCAAACAGACGAUUGUGAGUGCCAGAUACGGUGGUGUGACAGAAGCCACUAAAAGAUUGCUCUCGCAAUUACCAAUCUGUGCACAAUCGUAUUCUAGUUCACCCUAUCUCGAUCUCUCACUCUUCUGUUACGAUGAUAAAUGGGUGUCGAUGAUGGAGAGACCAAAGGCCUGUGCUGAGCAUCCAAUAAGAUUUUAUGCUAGAGACUCAGGCCUUCUGAAGUUCCGAAUGUACGCUGGGAUGCUGGGGAGAACGACUCCUGUUGUCGCCAGACGUCUCGUUGCAUUUACCUUUCAUCCGACUGAUCCAUUUGCCAUUUCUGUCCAGCGCACAAACGCUGAAUACAUUGUUAGCUUUCAUGUUCGUCAUAUUUGAAUUGUUUUAAGUAUUUUAAUAAAGAAAUUAUUUAAAAACA